AUGUGGCCCAGCAUGCUUCACCAGCCCCAGCUGUUUUUCGCGCCCGGAACUCUGAUCCAACUAACAUCCGCCGCCUCGGUGCAAAUUCUCAGCAGCUUGAACAACAUGGGCCAACCCCCUGGGGGAGCGCUCGAUGCGCUGAACCCCAUUGCUCUGCACAGUGAGGGCGCCAUGUCCUCACAAAAGUGCCUGAGCCCGCGCUCGUACAAUAGCUUCCGCCAGGUUCUGCAUACGCUAGGGAGGGCGGCCAAGUGCAUUGGGCUGGGCCCCACUUUGAGGAAGACGGCACACAGCAGGCUGCACCUUUCCAAAUCAGCACGCUGUCAAGGGCAGAGCGGGCGUGGAGUACCGCUUAGAAGACCAGCCUGCAUUCAAGGUGCCUUUUCCCAGACUCCUCUCCAAUCAGACACCAUGCCUGGCCGCAUGCGCCAACCCGGGGAGUUCUGCUGGGUAAACAUGCUGACCCCCGACCCCCCCAAAGCGCGCGCCUUCUUCUCCGACCUGCUCGGGUGGACCUACGACGAGUUGCCUCACAGCAUGGGGCACAUCAUUGUAGCGGGGGGGCAGAAGAUCGGGGGCCUCUUUGACAGCGCCCCGGGCCCGAACAACCCGUCCGGGUCCUCGCCGCAGAUCGGUGUCAUGGUGAGGGCCGUGAGCACCGAUGACGUCAGCAAGCGCGUCGCCGAGCUCGGCGGGACGGUGUCGAAGCCGCCGUUCGACGUGAUGGAGAACGGGCGGAUGUCGUGCUGCGUCGACCCGACCGGGGGGCGGUUCGACCUGUGGCAGCCCAAGAAGCAGCCGCUCGACGAGGUCGACGGCACGGCGCACGGCGCCGCGAGCUGGUUCGAGCUGCUCACGGAUGACGUCGGCAAGGCGGUCGGCUUCUACACGGCGCUGUUCGGGUGGAGCGCGGAGGCGAAGUCGAUGCCGGGGGGGUUCGAGUACACCAUCUGUAAGUUGGGGGGGGAACAGGUGGCGGGGGUCAUGCCGAUCCUGCAGCACAUGCAGGGUGUGAAGCCGCACUGGGCGGUGUAUUUCGCGGUGACGGACGUGUUUGCGGCAGAGAAGAAGGCGGUGGAGCUGGGGGGAAAAGUAAUGAUGCCUGUUAUGGAGGUCGAGGGGGUGGGCCACAUGGGGGGAAUCGAGUCGCCGCAGGGGGUCAUGUUCUAUAUUAUCCAGUAUGCCAGCUAGGAGAUUAAGCUUUACUUGUGUACCGUUGAUUUCGGAGAGUGUAUUUUGGAGGUUGGUGAUUUGGUACUCGAGCUUUUGCUUUUGGUACUGGAGAGUGAUGUGAGUGGGACUGGGGCUGCGGACUGCUUAGAGCGUUGUGUGGUUUGUUGGCCGAAGAGGUCAUAUCGUUUCUAUAGGCCUACGUAGGAUUGAUACUGCAUAUACUGUAAACUCGUUCACGCUUGAGCCGACCACUGAACGUGUAUAUUUACGUGUUUUGACUGUGAGACUCUAAUAAUCCGGGAACGCAUCGUUUUCUCCAAAG